GGAUACUGUAUCGACACACUUGCCGUCACCACAUUCAUCCCGCUCAUCCCUUUCUCCCAAAACCCCUCAAAGAGAGUAGUGAAAUUAAGGGGUUUUAGUUUUACAGUCCAAAAUACAGAGAAUUUAGUUACAGUGACAAAUGGGAAGUGGAGAUGAAAUGAGUAAUAAAAGAAUCAUUUUUAGGGACUAUAUAUCUGGGUUUCCUAAAGAAUCAGAUAUGAUACCCACCACUGAUACAAUUAAGUUGAAAGUCCCAGAGGGAUCAAAUUCAGUUCUUUUGAAGAAUCUUUAUUUAUCUUGUGAUCCUUAUAUGAGAGGUAGAAUGACACAGUCUGAUAGUUAUGUUCCUGCUUUUACUCCUGGGGAACCAAUCAUUGGAUAUGCUGUUUCCGAAGUGUUAGAUUCGGGAAACCCAAACUUCAAGAAAGGUGAUUAUGUGUGGGGUCUUGUUGGAUGGGAGCAGUACAGUCUCAUCGAAAACCCUCAUGCUAUGGCCCUAACAAAAAUAGAUUACACUGACGUACCACUUUCAUAUUAUACUGGAAUCCUUGGUAUGCCCGGAUUGACUGCUUAUGUUGGGUUCAAUGAGCUUGCUUCUCCUAAAAAGGGAGAAUCUGUGUAUGUAUCCGCUGCAUCUGGUGCAGUUGGACAGCUUGUUGGCCAAUUUGCUAAGUUGAUGGGUUGUUAUGUUGUUGGAAGUGCCGGAUCCAAAGAAAAGGUUGAUUUAUUGAAGAACAAGUUUAGAUUUGAUGAUGCUUUCAACUAUAAAGAAGAGCAUGACUUGGCUGCAACAUUGAAAAGGUAUUUCCCAAAGGGAAUUGAUAUCUACUUUGAGAAUGUGGGUGGAAAGAUGCUCGAAGCUGUCCUCCCAAAUAUGGCUCUCCAUGGUAGAAUCUCUGUUUGUGGAAUGAUUUCACAGUACAAUCUUGAGCAGCCUGACGGGGUUCACAACUUGUUUCUUCUUGUCGCUAAACGUGUUCGUAUGAAAGGGUUUUUUAUUUUAGAUUACCAACACCUUUACCCAAAGUUCUUGGAACUGAUGAAGCAGUAUUUCAUGGAAGGAAAGUUGGUUUACGUUGAAGAUAUGGUGGAAGGUCUUGAGAGUGCUCCUGCUGCAAUGGUAGGUCUUUUUAGUGGCCGAAAUGUUGGGAAGCAGGUAGUCCGAGUUGCCCAUGAAUGAUUACUUUUUAUCGUUAGACUUGAUUUUAGCUUGUGGUCAAUCAAUAUGAUGUAAACGAAAUUUCGUUCCAUCGCCUCAGUUGUCAAUAUGACUUCUUUUCUUUC